AUGAUCGAUAACGCGAUCUUUGAGAAUCUUCAAGCGAAGAUUGACGAAGAGACCGCCGUCCGUGAUGAGCUCCACGAAAUUGUCCAGUCGCUUUCUAAGAAAGGAAGAUCCACACAAGCUAUACUCUCCCGAGCUCACUCCACGCCAUCUGAUCAAUUGAAGCCGGUUCUUGAUGAUGCGACUAAAGAGAUUAUCGCUCAGAGAGAUGAAGUCGCGCGGCUCAAGACCGUGGCAGACAAGCACCCGUUCUACAAGUACAACGGGGUGUGGACGAGAGAGCUGCAGAAUCUUAUAACAUCGAUCGAGCUAUGCACCGGCUCGGCUUCGUUCCUGACCAUCGAGGAAGUUGGGAAGUUCCUCAAUGUCCCGGUCAAUCUGAAAGAGCAAGACGCUUUUCACCUGACUAUUGAAGAAUAUCUCCUGGCACUCAUUGGCAUGGUUGAGGAAUUGUCCCGUCUAGCAGUCAACUCGGUCACUCUUGGUGAUUAUAACCGCCCUGUUCAGAUCGGUAAAUUUAUCAAGGAUCUGUUCGCUGGUUUCCAGCUGCUCAACUUGAAAAACGAUAUUCUGCGAAAGAGGAGUGAUGGGAUCAAGUACAGCGUCAAGAAGGUUGAAGAUGUGGUUUAUGAUUUGUCUUUGCGCAAUCUGAUUCCCAAGGGAAGCGCUGCGGCUUAGAUACUGCUAUGCGAG